AUGGCCGUGGAGGCCGGCAGGAGGCUGCUCGUGCAGUGGGGGGAUGGGCAGGACUGGCAGGCCCGCGUCGCCAUCGCUCCCGCCACCGCCGCCGAUCUGCAGGCCAUCAUGGAAGUUCAAGCGACUCCCGAACAGAUAGCAGCAGGGAAGAUAUGGUGGUGCGGGACCCCGGACGGCGACGCCUACCCUCACUGCCUGGACGUGGGCCCGCUCAGCGGGUUGAUCCUGUGCGACGACGAGGGCCGGCCCGAUCGGGCGACGCUCCUCGGCACACGAUUCACCAACCGCACGCGCGUGUAUGGCUCGGACUGGAGCGCCACGCCGCUGGAGUUCGCCAAGAUGAUCAAGCUGUGCAUCGGCGACCAGUGGCUGGAGCCCCGGCUGGCAGUAGUGGCAGCUGGGGGUGAAGCGGUGGCGAAUCUGAUUGAGGUCGGAUCGCGGGUUCUACCGCCCCCGACCCCCGACGGCUGGCAGGUCGUCUGGAGCACGGGCGGCACCCCGCGCAAGACUCUGCUGGGCAACCUGAACGUUGACGAGUUCGCUGUCUGUGACGUGGGUGCGCUCGCCGUGAAGGGCUCAGAGGUGCUGCUGCUGCGGAGGAGCUCAGGUGUCGAUGAUGACUUGGACUCGGACGCCCGCGUGCUCAGCAUCGUCCAGAGCCCGAGUGGUGAGCGACGGCGCCCAUUCAAGGAUAGUGUGAGAGAGAUGACGGAGACAAGCUGGCCGGCGUGGCCGAUCCUCGGCCCCAGGACCGCCCGGUGGUGUCUCGACUUCAUCGCUGAGCAGGACACCCACCCCCGCGCGCGACACACGAAAUGGAGACAUGAAGCGGGGGUGGGUGGUCAGGACAUCGGUUGUCAGGACCAUGAGCUGGCGAUGAGAAUGAUAGAGCUCGCCGUGGUGUACGACCAGCUCAACAUCACAGAGCUAGCGAGUUUCGAGCUGCUCUUGAGGAGGGCGCAGCUCGCGGAGAUGCGGUAUCGCGACAAGAUCCUGGGGAAGCACGGCGGUGACGAGUUCGCGGAGGAUGAGUUCUUGUACAUGGGGACCGGCCUCACGCGUGGGCUGGUGAUGGGGUUGCAGCAGAAGGUGAACGCCCAGGCCGCCGAGAUCCGCAGCCGAGCUGCGAGGAGCCGCCUCCGCAAGAAGGAGCACCUCCACGCCUGGACGCAGGAAGUUCUGGUUUCAAUUAAUGAGCUGUAUGGCCACGGGUCGCUGCCCGCCGACGGCAAGUCUUCGCUCGCGCAGGAGUGCGGGCUGGAGCAUGUCAGGCGCGUGGUGGAGGACGCCGGGCCACCGCCAGCUUGCACCGCCGCGGCAGCCCACCGAGAGCUGUGCGGACCUGGGCACGGCUACGUCUUCGAGCCGGAGCACAUUGCGUCCUACGACCGGUCCCUGGUCUCUCUGCCGAAGGGGGGCGGCCUCGCUGAUGGGAGCCGCAUCCUGGAGGGAGAAGCUUUGCAGCAAUGGGUAGGAUGGAGGCAGCUGUUGAAGCGACAGCCCGAGGGCGGCAGCCAGGCGCCCAAGCCCCACUACGACGGCAAGUUUCGUUCCCGAUCUACCCGCGCCCAGUUCGUCGGCGACCUGUUGGAUGCCGGCGCGGUCUCCCUGACGCAGCAGCGGGAGGAGACGGUGGGCGCCUUCUUUGUGCACAAAUCGAAUGGUAUGCAGCGCUUAAUUAUUGACCCUCGGCGUGUCAAUGACUUGUUUGAAGCUCCAGCGCACACAGUGCUCCCGACAGCGGGGGCUUGGUCAGCGUUGGAGGUCCCCAUGGGCCAGGAGUUGCACCUCGCCCAGGCCGACGUGGACAGCGCGUUCUACAGGAUCGGCUUGCCGCGGGGGGCGCAGGAGAUGUUCGUUUUGAGAGCUGUCCACCUUCCCACCCUGCUGAAGCUGAGGCCUGACCUGUCAGACCAGCUGCCGCCAGGGAUCGAGGCGUGGGCGUCACCUUGCCUAGAGGUGCUUCCCAUGGGGUGGACAUGGAGUCUCUACUUUUGCCAAUGCAUGGUGAUGGCUGGUGUUCAGGCCGCUGGCUUCGCCCUGUCCGACUUCAUCCAGGAUCGCCGUGCAGCCCCUUCGGUGACGGACCGCAGCCGUGUGGCCGUCUACGUGGACGGAGUUGCUGUGGUGGGGCUGGAGGCUAACCUGGUGACCUCCGACUGCGAGCGGGUCGCCGCGAAGCUGGAGGCGCUGGGUCUGAAGUGCAAGGGCGUGGAGGCGGCUGGCUCGGACACCACCUUCACGGGCCUGAGCUUCGAGGUGGCCUCUGGCAAGAUACGGCUUUCUCGGUCGCGGACGUGGAAGUUGAGGCUGGCCCUCCUGCACGCGGCCUCCCGCGGGUGGGCCUCGGGAGUGGAGACUCUGGCCCUGCUGCGGCGUGCCGCGGCCUUGGUGUGCUUCGCGUUCGUGGACGCCAAGCGGCCCUACAGCACGGUCGUGACCGCGUCCGACGCUUCGGGGGCCAGCCGCUACGACUUCGGCGGGUACGGCGUGAUGGAGACGGACUGGGACCUGGAGAGCGUGAGGGCCGCGGCCGGCCAGGCCGAGAAGUGGCGGUGGUGUGUCUCAGAUGCCAUCGCUGCUCGCGCCCAGACGCUCGGCCUGCCGCAGGUCGUUGGCUUCGUCAUGAGAACAUCCUGCGUACUGAGGGGCGAGGGGUUGUACUGGGGCUUCGGCAUCGUCUACGUUCCCGGGCGUCCCAGGGAGCUCGUCACUUGCGGGGCAGAGGCGGCCGGCCUCUGCGGCCUCGGGGACACCUGGCUGGACGAGCCUGCGGCGGCCUUCGGUCGGCGGGUCGAGCCAGCCCAGUCGCCACCCAGUGGAGCUGCCGAGGAGGCGGCGGCCGCGGGCCUGGGCUACAUGCAGGCAUCGCGGGCACAGCCGCAGACGGUGGCCUACUACCGGGUCAUCCUGAGCGAGUUCGAGAGGUGGGCCGAGGAGCAGGACCUCAAGUUGGAGACGCCGGAGGAGAUGGACCAGGCCCUGUCCGCCCACAUGGACCCGCUCUUCUUCGAGGGCUACAAUCACGAUCAAGGAGAAAAGUUGAUAGCAGCCGUCAAGUACUACGACGUGCACGGGGUGUAUCAGUCCGUGGAGGCGCUGCCCAGGGCCCGCGCAGCCUUGAGGGGCUUCCGCAAGCGGGCCCCGGGCCAGUCGCGGGCGCCCCUGCCGCGGCCAGGGCUGGCGGCUCUGGUGGGCGCUGCGCUGUUCUUGGGGAUGCAGGAGCUGGCAAUGGCCUUGGAGGUGGCGUGGUGCGCCUACCUUCGGCUCCCCAGCGACUUGAUCUCCAUGACCGGCUCUUCGCUCAUCCCGCCCCAGCGGUCCACGGGGGUGUCUCACUGGGCGCUGCUCCUGUACCACGAGGAGAAGCAGCCCAGGAGCAAGACCGGCCACUGGGACGAGGGUUGCCUGCUGGACAGCGACAGGGUGACGGCGAUGGGGCCGCUGCUGCAGGCGCUGGUACGUCGUGCCGGACCGAGUCAGCCGUUGUGGUCCUUCUCAGCCGCGCAAUUCCGAGUGCUGUUCCGCAAGGUGGCGCAGUUGGCUGGCCUCCCGGACUUGAACCCCUACCAGGUGCGCCACGGAGCCGCCAGCGCCGACGCUCUCCACCAGAAUCGAGACAUGAAGACCAUCCAGGAGAGGCUGAGGCAUGCUCAGGAGUCGUCAACACGACGGUACAAAAAGCACACGAGGUAUCUCCGCGAGUUAGACCAGCUGGCGGCCGACACGAAGCAGUACGGAGACUACGUGGAUGCCAACUUCGAGGCGCUGAUCAGCAAGCGCAAG